GGGCUUAAUGCACACAAUGUGAGUUGUACAUUAUGUACACAAAGGUCAGAGGAGUGUACAUGCGACGGAUCUUCCCGACACACGUUCCCCUCAAAGAAACGGAAGAAUCAACCAAUCAGAGACCUCGUUUCAUCGCAGGUACCCGGAUGUACCAGUGACGCAAUUAGGUACGUCAUUGUUCACCGCCGGACACCCGCUGUAAAUAAGGAAUGGAUUUACAACCGCUAUUAACGCAUUCAUAACAGAUUUCCAGCAAUGAACAAUGACCAUAGUUGACAAAUCUUCAGAAAAUUCUGACCACGAGUCAGUUGGGUGUAAGCGCUCUCCCUUCACCAGUGGAGACGUGGGGAUGGACGGCAGCUGUUCCAGCAGCUGGGCAAUGGGUCCCACCAUGCCCAGCGAUUCUCCCAGGCUGAAGCCUGCAGGAGGCUGCCUGGGUCCAACACCUGGAGCUGCGGUUUACAACAGUACACCAUCCUCUGUGGACCCGCCAAAGGACCAUGUGAUAAGCAGCGGUGAUGGCAUGGACUUGCCCCAGAAGAUCCUCUUCCCUCCAGAGCGGCUCAACCUAAAGUGGACCCAGGUUCACCGAGUUGGUGCGGGCCUGCAGAACAUGGGGAACACCUGCUUCCUCAACUCAGCUCUGCAGUGUCUCACCUACACCCCUCCAUUCGCCAACUACAUGCUGACUCGGGAACACUCCAAAACGUGUCACGAGCCUGGGUUCUGUAUGAUGUGCACCAUGCAAAACCACAUCAUUCAGGUUUUUGCAAACUCUGGGAACGUCAUUAAGCCCAUUGGUGUGCUCAAUGAACUCAAAAGGAUUGCUAAGCACUUCCGCUAUGGAAGCCAGGAGGAUGCUCAUGAGUUCCUGCGGUACACAGUGGAUGCUAUGCAAAAGUCCUGCUUACCUGGAACCAAAUUGGACAGGCAAACGCAGGCAACCACUUUCAUCCACCAAGUAUUUGGCGGGCACCUAAGAUCCAGAGUUAAAUGUUUAAACUGCAAAGCAGUGUCCGAUACAUUUGACCCUUUUCUGGAUAUUCCUCUGGAAAUUAAGACAGCGACCAGUGUCUCCAAGGCUCUGGAGCAGUUUGUCAAGCCGGAGCAGCUGGAUGGUGAAAACUCAUACAAAUGCACCAAGUGCAAAAAAAUGGUCACAGCCUCAAAGAGAUUUACCAUCCACCGCAAUUCCAACGUGCUUACCCUCUCACUCAAACGCUUUGCAAACUUCAGUGGAGGCAAAAUUACAAAGGAUGUGAAAUAUCCAGAGUACCUGGACUUGCGGCCCUUCAUGUCUCAGUCUCAAGGGGAGCCCCAGAUCUACGGGCUCUAUGCUGUGUUGGUCCACUCUGGAUUCAGCUGUCAUGCUGGACACUACUUUUGCUACGUUAAGGCAAGCAAUGGUCAGUGGUAUCAGAUGAAUGACUCCUCUGUGACUGUCAGUGACAUCAGGUCUGUUCUCAGCCAGCAGGCUUAUGUCCUUUUCUACAUCAAGUCUGCUGAUGUAAAGAAAGCAGGGGACUACGGUCACAUGAGUCAGUAUCCAGGCAUCCCUGGUCAGUCGUCUCCACGACCGGUGGUGAUACCACGUAACAACAACACCAUCCACCACAACAACAUUGGCUUCAUAGGUCCCCAGCUGCCACCACACAUGACCAAGAGCACUCUCCAUGUCAAUGGGAAUGGAUCUCUGAGGGACUAUCCCAGCAACUCCAAGCCCAGCACCAGCAGUAGUGUUGUUGGAAAACCUAGCCACGGACUGGGCUCCUCCUCAUCUUCCAUCUCCCACUCAAUCAGCCGGCCCACAAUGAUCCCAGACCACGACAAACGCCAGAAACUUUCAUUUUUCAUCGGACAAGGCAAACAGAACCGCCCGUCCUCCUCCUCGUCCUCUUACAGCCAGCCGUCCUCUGCCAGCAGUAGCAGCAGCUCCUCCUCCUCCUCCAGCUCUCUAUCCUCCUCACAGUCUACCUCAGACGUUCGCUUUGUUCCACGUCAGCUUAACCACGUUAACGGCACGUCUUGCAGUAAUGGGGGUCACCACACAGGAGGCAAUGGAGCAGCGUUCUUGGUGCCGUACAGCCAAGAGUCCUCAGAGGAGUCAGACCAGGAGAACUGUGGCACUCUGGAUAAUGGCUGUUUAGCAAAGUCUCACCUUAAUGGAAACAAUAGAACAGGAGAGGCCUUUGAUAAUUCUCCGCAAGCCCCCAAUGGAGAGUCAGGGGUGCACCACAAUGGUAACGGAGUAAACGGACCAACCAAUGGUGUUUCUAAAACCAGUCAAAAUGGACACCACCAUUAUGGACACCACAAAGUGAAUGGACACAACACCCCUGAUAAAACCUCUAGCAGUAACCAUGGCAGUUCAUCCUCUGUGGCUACUGUUGCUGCUAAUGGGCUCGACAGUGACCAUCAUCAAACAAGUAAAGAGGCACAUACUUCUGCCUCAUCCCAGGCCAGUUCGUCUCAGAGCAUCCCUCCUGGUGCCACUGAAAGCCAGCACCUUUCAACUCCUGACACAAGGGCUACAAAUGUGUCUAAACCCCAGUCUCAGUAUCCUGCAUUCUUCACUCUUAGCUCUCCACCUUCAGCUACAGCUACAAAGACUCAUUCUGUCACAUCUCGAGAAUCUGCUUCCUCUUCUGCCCAGCAUGGCAACCAUGCGGCCUUAUCCACCCCGUCAAACUGCUCCCAAAGCACCAAUGGGGCUUCCGCAGCUCCACAGAGGGUUAGCAGAGGUGAGGGUGAAGCAAAGGAUCCACCACAGAGUAGUGAUCCAUCAGCAGGGACUGAAGGACACACAAAUGCUAAAGAGCAACACCAGUUUAAGCCCAGCUCUAGAGGCAAUGAAGGACAAUAUUCCCGAUACAGGGAGAGAGACAGACAGUACUCUGACUGGAGCAGAGACAGGGAGAGACACUACAGGGACAGGAGUCAGGAGCGAGAGAGUGACAGUGAUCGUUACCGGUACAGACGGGACUACAGAGAUUACCAUCAUCGCUACAGGGAUCGCUUACCUCCUCGUGAUCGUUCCUACAGAGACUGGGAGCCUGAGCGUCGCUGGGAGCGGAUCCCCCACCACCCGAGGGAGGCUGAUCGCGACAGGUGCUCUAACCAUUACCACUACCACCGCUCAAGAGAGGACUCUGGACGUGAGCGGAGGGGAUACGGUUAUCCCUACCGCACUGAGUCUCAUAGUCGCGGGAGGUGGCAGCAGGAGAGUCGAGAAUCCCGACCGAUGAAGGACAAGAGCAACGGCAGGGAGAGGGACUAUUAUUUGUCGAAAGAGGAGACUUCCUUGCCUGCCACAGAGCGAGAAACCUCAACAAAGUCAAAGGGCUCGCCCCCUCGUCCUCAUCUCUCCACAUUUGAAUCAGCUCCAAACAGGGAAGAUCAGGAUCACAAGAGGUCUGCCGAUCAUCAGAGCAAAGAGAGGGAGGACAGCUCUGAGGGCCGCCACUCUAAAAAACACAAAAAGAGCAAGAAAAAGAAAAAGUCAAAGGAUAAAGACAGACACCGGGAGAGUGGGAGCUCCGAGGUUGAUUCAGACAGAGCUACAGAAACAAAAAAGAAAAAGAAGAAAAAGAAGAGACAGCGGGAGAGCGAGGCUGAGCAGCAUAGCCCAGGAGCAGCUCGGAGCCACAAGAACAGAAGUAGUGAGGAGAGGGAGAGCCGCAAGCGCCGUUACCAUGACAUCAAGGACGGCAAACAUGACAAUGGUUUUUCGCCAGAAAAACGUCGGCGCACAGACUGCACUGAGGGCAGCAGUGACCACCUAGUCCCCUCCAGUCACACCUCACCCACAAACGGUUCAACUCACGGCCAUCUCAACGGAUACACAGGAAACGGUUACAGCCAAACCAAUGGUGACUCCUACGGAUUCUCCAGUCGCUUCAAACACUGACUCUGCACAUCACCACCAUUUUAACAACAGCAGAGGAAUGACAACAACGUGGACGUUGACGUGGUGCUUCUUUAUUAAUAAUAUACUGAUCGGCCAAAACAUUAAAACCUCAGGAGGGUGAACUGGAUAACAUUGAUCACAUUUUACGAUGCAGUGUGCUACAGGGAAACCUUGGAUCCUGGCAUUUAUGUUGCCACUUAAUGCACUCCACUACCCAAACGCUGUUGCAGCCACCAGACCCAUGGCAAUGGCACUCCCUGAUGGCAGUGCCCCACCCCCCACAUCCAGCAGGACAGUACAACAAUACACUGUGCCACACUUCAAAUACUGCUCAGGAACGUGGCAAAGAGCUCAAGGCGUCAACCUGUCCUCCAAAUUCUCCAGAUCUCAAUCGGAUUGUUCAUUCAUGGGACGUGCUUGUAUCCCAGAGGUACCCUCCAGCCACAGUGGGGCCUCCUUGGAUCGGGUUAGACACUGCAAGACAGUCCCCGGAGGUCCUGUGUCCAUACCUCAACAGGUCAGAGCCAAGGUUGAUGCAAGAGAUACCCUGGAUCCAUGAUCCAUGGUGGGGCCUCCCAACCAAGGGGUACCCACGAACACUGACCCACAGUGAGGCCUCCUUGGGUCAGACUUGCUCUGACCUGCUAAGGCAUAGACACAGUACCUCUGGGGGUUAUCCUGUGGGAUCCUUUGAGUCUUGUGAGUGUGAAGUGGGGUUAGUCCGAUCCGAGGAGGCCCCACCGUGGAUCGGGGGUACCUCUGGGAUACUGGCGAGUUCCACGGAUGCUCUACCAGAUUGGGAUCUGGGGAAUUUGACUCUUUGUCACAUUGCUCGACCAGCGCUGAGUGCAUUGCGUGGUGCAUUGUUCUGCUGGGGAGGCCAAUGCCAUGACGAGGUGUACUUGGUCAGCAAUGGUGUUUGGGUGGGUGGAGGUUGUCAGGUGGCAUCAACAUGAAUGCCAGGACACAAGGCUUCCUUGCUGAAUGUUGCAUUGUACCAGUGAUUGAUCAAUAGUUCCUACUUGACCAGCCAUGUUGGUUUUAAUUUUGCCACUGGUCAGUGUAUGUGUAUUUUUACCACAACUGAAGUGUUUUAAAUGUUCAGCAAACUUUUUUUUUUUUUUUUUUU